UCUCCCCAAUACGUCCCUCCCUACCACUGACCACAUUCUCAGCAACGUGUAAGAAGCUUAUACUCUGCAAAUAUGGCCACUCUCACUCGAGCCACGCGCAUCCGCAACCCCGCCCUCUUCAUCUGCGACAUCCAAGAAAAAUUCCGCAAUGUAAUCCACGAAUUCCCCAAAGUAAUAACAACAACCACCAAACUCCUGCGCGCGACGCAACCGCUAAACGUGCCAAUCUACGUGACGACCCAAAACCGCGCCCGCCUCGGCGACACCGUCUCCGAACUGAGCCCGUACCUGCAGCCCCCACCCUCCUCCUCCACCUCCUCCCAAACCAGAGUCGUUGCCAACAUCGACAAAACGCUCUUCUCGAUGAUCACGCCGGAGCUGGCCAGCCUGCUGCCCAACCCGCAGCAGGGCGAGACGCCCCUGGACGCGAUCCUGGUGGGGAUCGAGACGCACAUCUGCGUGACGCAGACGACGCUGGACCUGCUGAGCCGCGGGCACCGGGUGUACGUGAUCGUGGACGGGGUGAGCAGCGCGCACGCGGAGGAGCGCGGGGUGGCACUGCAGCGGUUGCGGGAUGCGGGGGCGACGGUGACGACGAGCGAGGGGGUGGUGUUUGAGAUGCUGGGGGAUGCGGGGCAUGCGGCCUUCAAGGGGGUGAGUGGGGUGGUGAAGGAGAUGAAGGAGGAGACGAGGGGGGCGUUGGAGGCUUUGGCGAGGAUUUAA